UCAAGCAAAAACAAAAUGGCGUCGUCAGCCGGUCGUACUUUACGAGGCGCUUCUCGCUUAAUUUUACAGGCUGCAAGUUCACAGUGUGGACGGAUUGCGUCACAAGCUGGAAGCCCAAAACUACAGACAGUGCGGGCUCUUCAUCAAGCUACAGGAAUAAGUUUAGUGAAGCAAGCCCAGACGAAUUUUUCUGCUAGCAUAUCAAGGACAGCCUCUGCUUGUGUUAUGAUGAGUACAGCUUCCCCACUUUCUACCUGUGGAUCACUGUUAUGCACUGGAAGCAGCUCAGAUGCGAUGGAAGGUUCUGCAGGAGAAGAAGAGGGGCUAGUGAUUGAGGCGGUACAGAAACUUGAGGACUUAUAGCAUUGGCUUUCCUUACAUGCAACAACUGUUGUGUGUAAUUCUGUUCAUUAGUAACAAAUGUAUUGUUUUAUUGCCAUUCCUGGAGACUUCUUGAACUUUGUCAUUUUGCAAGGAUUUCAUAGAUACAAACACUUAUUAAUUUUUUUGAACCAGGGUUGUGCAUGCAGAUUCAGGAAGUUCUGAAGUGGAAUUUCUUUUAAAAUGUAAUAUAGUAAGUUGUGAGGAAAAACCCACUCAGAUAACAAUGAUUAGCACCACAAAAGUGAAGGUUUCAUUCCAGUAGCUAUAGUGUAAUUUUUGUCAGGGUUAUUUGAAUUGAAAUGCUGAUAAUUUUCAUUGUUCAGUGUUAAUAUCUCUUCAGAAGUAGAAUUAUUAGUCAGAAAGUUCAUUUAGGAAUUCUACAAACAGUGUUAUACCUGAAAAUUUUGUGAAGGAAGUAAUUAAAAUUUGUAGUCAAAAUACCAUUGUUAAUUACUUCUUUGAGGGGCAAUACUGGGCAGUGUCCAGAUGGAUUUUCUGAGUUAAUAGCUAGGUAUUAUGUUAACACAUUUUUCACUUUAAAGUUUGUCAUUAAUAUUAGUUUUCUUUUGCACGUUUGUCUACUUUUUUUAUCUGAAUUUUCUUCUUAUUCUUGGUUUCAUAGUAUAUUAGUGAGUUUAGGAACCUUCAUGAAAAUGAUUGCUGAAUUCUUAAUCUUAAUUCCAAGUCUUUGCGAUGUUUUAUUAUGGAUAGAAAUGUAUUUUCCAAGGAAAUUCCAAAAUUUUGUUCUCAGUGUGAUGUUUAUUGUAUUGUUAUUUAUUGUAAAUUCUUAUUGCCUGUAAUACUGGUAUAUGCUAGCUUGUGAUUUUUUAAAAUGCUUGCUUACUAAGUUGUUCAUCUUUCAAUCUCAUUAAAAACAACAGUGAAAUGUA